UUGGGAAGAAAAGAAUUAAUUGUCAUAAAUUAAAAAGGUGGAACUUACAAAGAAUCCCAAAAGAUUGAUGAACAAGGCUGAAAAGCCCUCUAAAAUUCGUGCUCGGCACUCUCUCUAAGCUCUCAUCUGAAAACGGGGGUUUACAUGCUGUUUAAAUAGAAAAAUCGGGUAAAAUUUGAACUAAAUUGAGAUUUCCGGAGGCAGGCACGGUGCCAGGCAUGAUCGUGCCAGGCAUGAUCGUGCCUUCGAUCGUGCCUUCGGAGCAAAAACACGCAUUUUGGGAAGGCACGAUGCUUUCUCUUCACGCCAAUUCCUCCGAUCAGGCUAAGCGUCUCAAGGCGGAGGACAUCAAGGAUUCCCAGGCUCUGGUUCUCAGCAUGGACUAUUUCGAGGAGGUCACCGACGAUUUUCAUGGGAUCAAACUCUGGUGGGUCUCCGGCAUGAACCCCCCCACCAGCCAAACCAUCUCUUUCCGCGGCGGAGAAGAAGUCAAGAAGUUCUUCACCCUCAAAUUCCACAAGAAGCACCGCGACAUCGUCACCGGAGCUUACCUGAAACACGUGUUGGAGCAGGGGAAGGAGAUCACGGUGAAGGACCGGCAGAGGAAGCUGUACACCAACAUCAGGAACGACGGAACAUAUUUCAGCCCUUACCCGCGAAUGUGGACCCAAGUCGCCUUCGAACAUCCGGCGACUUUUGAAACCAUCGGAAUGGACCCGAAAAAGAAGCAAGAAAUCAUAGACGACCUUAUCACCUUCAGCAAAUCAAAAGAGUAUUACGCCAAGAUCGGGAAGGCGUGGAAGCGGGGUUAUCUCCUCUACGGCCCUCCGGGCACCGGAAAGUCCUCCAUGGUAGCGGCAAUGGCUAAUUUUCUUGAAUACGACGUGUACGACCUGGAAUUGACCGCCGUGAUGGACAACACUACCCUGAGAAAGCUCCUAAUCAACACUUCCAGUAAGUCUAUUAUCGUCAUCGAGGACAUUGACUGCUCUCUGGAACUCACCGGUCAGAGGAAAGGUAAACCAGAGGAAACAGAGGUAGACGACCCGUUGAAGAUCGGGAAAGAGAAGAAACCUGAAGAGAAGAAGAGUGCAGUGACGCUCUCCGGUAUUCUGAACUUCAUCGACGGCCUCUGGUCCGCCAUUGGAGGAGAGAGGAUCAUCGUCUUCACCACCAAUUUCAAGGAAAAGCUCGACCCGGCUUUAAUCCGGAGAGGGAGAAUGGAUAAGCACAUCGAGCUCUCCUAUUGCGGAUUCGAAGCGUUUAAAGUGCUUGCUCACAACUACUUGGGGGUCGAAACCCACGAGCUUUUCCCGACGAUCGAACGAUUGUUGACGGAGACGGAAAUUACGCCGGCGGAUGUUGCUGAGAGCUUGAUGCCGAAAUCAGGUGAGGCGGACGAGACUAGUUGUCUGGAAACACUGGUUGAGGCUCUGGAGAAGGCUAAGGAAGACGCCAGAGUGAAAGCAGAGGAAGAAGAAAGGAAGAAGGUGGAGAAAGCUAAAGAAGAUGCCAAAUUGAAAUGAGUUUCGAAGUAUGUACCUCAUUUUUUACCCUGAUCCCUAAUUUGUGGUCAUAAAUGUGCCAAUUCAUUUAAGUGGUGUCUCACUUAAAUGAAUUGUCCCAUUUAUGGCCACACAUUAGGGGGUGGGGUAAAAAUGGAGUAUAUUUUGGAAUACCUUUAGCAUUUGUGAAUUGAAAUAUGAUGGAUUCGGGCCUUCGAAAAUUGUAAGCCUUAAUUAAUUAAUUAAGGAGAAUCACAAUGUGUUACUAUGGAAUUCACAUAUCAUAAUUAUAUUACUCCGCGUGAUUUAUCUUAUAUCAAAA